GCGAGUGUCAGAUUUCACGGUUUUCUCCGCAGCUGAACUUCAUCACAAAGUCCUCCAUUAUCAUUAUCAUAUCAACAGCACUGUGUUCGACUGUGUUUGGUUUUAUUCUAUUGGCUCUUUAAAAUAGUUUAUCUGGAGGUCGAAAAACACUUCAUAAGUGUUGUUUUUAUAAAAGUAUUACAGACUACUACCGGUGCGCCAUGGCAGACCAAGCCGAGCACGGAGCGCCUCCCCCGGCCGCCGCCCGGCCCAGGAGACCCGCUCACAACACCAACCCCAACCUACGACGGAGAAGUCGACAAAGUCAACCGAAACGGGCGUCUAAUCGGGUGCUCUUAGAGAAGGUGUUGGGCAUCACUUUGGCCAAUGGCAGCAGUCUGGCGUGUGACCCCUCCUCCGGUCUGGUGGCCUACCCUGCUGGAUGCGUCAUCGUGCUCCUUCAUCCUGCGAAGAACAAACAGAGUCACAUCAUCAACUCAUGCAGGAAGACGGUGUCAUCGUUGGCCUUCUCUCCGGAUGGGAAGUACCUGGUGUCCGGUGAGAGUGGCCACAUGCCGUGUGUGCGCGUGUGGGACGUGUGUGAGCGCUCCCAGCUGGCUGAGGUCCAGAGCCACAAGUACGGUGUGGCCUGCGUGGCCUUCUCCCCAAGCUCCGCCUACAUCGUCUCCGUCGGUUACCAGCACGACAUGACCGUCAGCGUGUGGGAGUGGAAGAAGGGCACGGUGAUAGCCUCUAACAAGGUGUCCAGUGGUGUGGCGGCCGUCUCCUUCUCUGAGGACAGCAGCUCCUUCGUCACCGCAGGGAAACGACACGUCAAGUUCUGGAACCUGGACGCCUCUAGGGAACGCAGGGUGAACAGCACGGUGCCCCUGAUUGGGCGGUCCGGGCUCCUGGGGGACUUCAAGGGCAGCGUGUUCUGCGGCGUGGCGUGCGGGCGGGGCGCGGCGGCGGACAACACAUACGCCGUCACCAGCGGGGGGCUGCUCUGUCUGUUCAACAAGAGCCGUGACCUGGAGGCAUGGGUGCACCUCAAGACGGCGUCGGCCCGCUGCCUGGCGGUCUCUGAGUCCUUCGUGUUCUGCGGCUGCUCUGACGGGACGGUGCGCGUCUUCAGCCCCCUCAACCUGCAGUUCAUCUCCAGCCUGCCCCGCCCCCACCGCCUGGGGGUCCAGCUCCAGUACCAGGGGACGGAGUCCCCUGAUUGGCCCAGCCAGCCGGUGUACCCGGACACCGCGGGGGUGACCUUUGACCCCCGGGCGGGUCAGCUGACCUGUGUGUAUAACGACCACAGUGUGUACGUGUGGGACGUGCAGAACAUCCUCAACCCUACCAAGAUGUACUCGGCGCUGUACCACAGCGGCUGUGUCUGGAGCGCAGAGGUGUAUCCUGAGGUAGAGGGAGGCCUGCUUCCCGCCUCGUCCUUCCUCACCUGUUCCUCCGACAACACCAUCAGGGUGUGGCUCCCGGACGGGCCCCCAGGGCCGGCCCCCGACCCUCGAACUGGGGGGGCCCCGGCCCCCGCUAACCGCUACAGCAAGGACUUGGUGCGGGUGGUGUACGUGGGAGACGACACUCAGCACCUGCAGGACGCCGCCGGGGCUGAUGGGAAAUCAGGCGUCCGGGUCCUCGGAGUCAGCCCUGAUGGACGACACAUCGCCGCCGGCGACCGCAACGGAAACCUGCGUGUGUUUGGUGGGCGGAGCCUGGAGGAGCUGGUGCAGAUCGAGGCUCACGACUCAGAGGUGUUGUGUUUGGAGUUCUCACCUGCUGAUACAGGUGUGAAGCUUCUGGCCUCGGCCAGCAGAGACCGUCUGAUCCACGUCUUCAACCUGGAGAACAACUUCAGCCUGCAGCAAAGCCUCUACGACCACUCUGGCUCCAUCACCGCCAUCAAGUUCACUGGUCCUACUUCCUGCGCUCCGAGUGCAGCGGUCAGCCUGGUGAGCUGUGGAGCCGAUAAGAGCAUCUACUUCCGCCGGGCGGAGCAGACGGCGGAGGGCGUGGUUUUCUCCAGGAGCCACCACGUGGUGGAGAAGACCACGCUGUACGACAUGGACCUGGACCCGUCCCGCCGCCACGCCGCCGUAGCCUGCCAGGACCGCAACAUCCGGGUCUACGAGGUGGAGACGGGGAAGCUCCAGAGGUGUCUGAAGGGGUUCUCGAGUGACGAUGGAGCCGUUCUGAAGGUGCAGGUGGAUCCGUCCGGCUGCUACCUGGCCACCAGCGGCUCCGACCGCAGCAUCUCCAUCCUGGACUACGAGACCGGGGAGACGGUGGUGACACUGUUCGGACACUCGGAGAUCGUCACCAGUAUGAAGUUCACCCUGGACUGCCGGUACCUGGUCACCGUGUCUGGGGACAGCUGUGUGUUCCUGUGGCGCCUGGACUCCCAGAUGACCACCACCAUGAAGAAGACGCUGGCCCGGCGGAGGCUGGAGGCGGGGCUUAUCGUCGACAACAGACCAACCAGCAAGCAGCUCUCCAUCAGGAGGGAGACCUUCGUCGCUCUACCUGCAGGCAAGCUUCCUCUUCCUCCCACCCUGGAGGAGAACACAGAGGCUCCUCCUGAGACCCCCGCCCGCCUGCUGCCCCCAGAGGAGUCGCUGCUCCUCGAGACCAACGGCAAGCUGCCCAUGUGGUUCCGCAAGCUGGAGGGCGGGGCGGGCCUCCAGGUACCUGCGGUCCCACGCGGUCGCUGGGCUCAGCAGGCCUGCCCCCUCACUAUCUACAGCCCCCCCGCCGUAAGCCACGCCUCCCCUAACCUGGGGGAGGAGCCAGGGGAGGAGCCGGGGGAGGAGCCGGGGGAGGAGCAGGACGAGGAGGGCCUCUUCCACCCCCAGAGUUUGGACAGCCUGCUGGGCGGCUUGGAGGAGGAGGAGGCUGCUGAGGAGCCCUCUGAGCCGAUUGGCUGUGCAGGCACUGACAUCAUGAACCAAACCUUUGUUUCAUCUUCAACCUUUACGGCAGAAGGGGACUUCGAGGUGCAGGCGGCAGAGCAGCGUGGGGUUCGUCAGGGGGCGGAGCCAGGGGCAGAGCUGAGCCAGGACUCCGCCUACUGCGACGGAUCAGCCGGAUACCAGCAGGACGACACAGACUCCCUGAGCCAGGCCAGCUCCCUGGGGAGCUCAGGGGUGGAGGAGGAGGAGGUGGAGGAGAACCCCGGCCUGAUGAAGACCCACUUUGACACGCUGGCCACGCCCACAGAGCGUUUCGACACUGACCUGCGGGCGCUGCAGGUGCAGGAGCGGCCGUUCCUCAACCCCCGCCUCAGCAUCUCCACGCGCUUCCUGUCGCGCUUCCAGGACCGCCUCCGACUCGGCCCCCCGCACUCCCUCCCUCCUCCCAUCUCUGAGGAGCCCUGUCGACAGGUGACCCGGCCCCUGCGGCCCCUGAGCUCUGCCGAGGAGACCCCGUCGAACCCCCGGAGAGGAGCUCUGGGAUUGGCCCGACAGCCUGUCACUCUAGUGAGGGUGUUGAGGGCCCUCCCGGACUCCAGGCGAAGACGGACCGGCCUGCUGCCCCAUCAGCCCCUGCUCCCCAACCGGUCGCUACGGCGACGCAAAACCCUGGCGGUCAUCUACUGCCGAGGAGGGCUGGGAGCAGAGCUCCCAGACAGGACCCUGUCCACCAGUCUGCCCAGCGAGGGGCCCAGUGAGGGCGCCCGGCCCUCAUCCGUCCGCCUCCCCCGCCCCCCUGCCCCCUCCUCCCCCGUGGAGGAGGAGCUGCAGACUCCCCUCCCCUCCUCUGUACGCGACCCCCCCGCUCCCGGCCCCUCCCCCCAGAGGACCCCGUGUCUUGUAGCCGCGGCGUUGCCGCGCCAACGGGCUGUCCUGACCGACAGCGAGGCUCAGAGCAGCGUCUCAGGAGGUCAGGGGGCGGCAGCAUCAGCUGACCCCUCCCCGGCCCAGUCCUCCUCCCCCAGGGGGGGUGCCAGCCUACAGGAGGUCCUCUGCGCUCCAGCUGAAGGCCUGGAGCCCCUCAGCCUGGAGCCCUUCAGCCCGGAGCCCCUCAGCCUGGAGCCUCCCCCCAGCCUGGAAACUCCCCCCAGCCUGGAGCCCAUCAGCCUGGAGCCUCCCAGUCUGGAGCCUCCCCCCAGCCUGGAACCUCUCAGCCUGGAGCCUCCCAGCCUGGAGCCCCCGACCCUUGAGCCCCCCAGCCUGGAGCUCUGUCAGCAGGCUGCUCAGGAGUUGCGGCAGGCGGUGCAGCGGGCGCUGAACCUGCAGCGGCAGGUGGACGGCGUGUGUGCGUCCGAGCGGCGUGUCGCCAUGGCGACUGUCCUCGAGGAGGCGCUGGUCUCCGCCCACAACGACCUCGGCGCCGUCUGCUUGUCUGACAGGAAGUGCAGCCCUGACUCCGACCCUCCGCGACCGGAGGCUGACGAUAGGACGAUGGAGCUGCUGGAGAGAUACUCUGACCUUCUGCUGAACAUGACCCGUGGCAAAGUGGAGCAGCAAAGCAUCAUGGGAGUCGUGGACAACCCUGGGUCGCAUUAGCAGCAAAGCAUCAUGGGAGAUGUUGACUCCCCUUGCUCGCAGCAAAGCAUCAUGGGAGAUGUUGACUCCCCUUGCUCGCAGCAAAGCAUCAUGGGAUAUGUUGACUUCCCUUGCUCGCAGCAAAGCAUCAUGGGAGAUGUCAACGUUCCUCGUCUUCAUGUAAAUGUUUUGUAUAAAGGUUUUAUAUUUAAGUAUUUAAUUAGAGUUUUGUGCAAAUAUCUGAAUUUUCCAAUGUUAUGGAUCAUUUUUAUACUUUUGGGAGAAAUGGAAAACAGGUUUUCAGUUGUCCCCAUAGCAACACGUCCUAUUAUGGGAUGUGCUGUGCGGUCAGCUCUGGACACGCCUCGAAAGUCAGUCAGUAUUAAAGUUUUAAAGUUUCAGCUUUGCCCUCAGAGUCGUGAAUAAAAGCAGCGUUCGAAUGACUCGGUCUC